ACGGAGCUCGCGGGCGGCGACUGCCCCUUGCUCUCCGAGGCGGACGUCGACGCCGUCGCCGCGCGCAUGUACGCGGACCGGGACGCCUACGGGAUCUUCCUCGACUCGGGGCCCUGGGACGGCGCGGGCUACGCGUGCCGCGCGCGGUCCUUCUACGCCUUCGCGACGCCGCUGCCCGGCGAGGACGCGAUCGGCGCGCUCGGCGACUCGCAGUUCGACGACAUCUCCGAGGACGCGGUCAAGGCCGGCGACGACCUCCUCGACCGCUUCGACAUGAAGGAGUCCUUCAUGAGGAGCGCCUACUACAAGGACGCGCGCGCCGGCGACCCCAAGAUGUCCGUGCUCUGGUUCUCCAACUUCGUGCUGUACGAGGAGUGGAACUUCCUCGUCUUCAGCGACCUCGCCUUCGCCGUCUUCUCCGUGAUCUUCGUCUGGAUCUGGAUCCGCGUCCACGUCGGCUCGACGGUCGUCGCGACGAUCUCGAUGGCGCAGAUCGUCUUCUCGAUGCCGCUGAGCCUCUUCGUCUACCGCGUCUUCCUCCAGAUCACCUACUUCUCGCCCAUGCAGAUCCUCGCCAUCUUCGUCAUCCUCGGCAUCGGCGCGGACGACGUCUUCGUCUACAGCGACGCGUGGCACCAGUCGCGCGCGGAGUGCCCGCCGCGCGACGGCGAGGGCGAGGGCGACGUGCUCCGGCGCCGCGUCGCCUUCGCCUACGCGCGCGCGCUCCAGGCCAUCUUCAACACGUCGUUCACGACGGCCUUCGCGUUCCUCGCGACGUCGAUCUCGCCGAUCAUGCCGCUGCACACCUUCGGCGUCUUCGCCGCGAUCGCGAUCUUGAUGAACUACGGGCUCGUCAUGACGGUGACGCCCGCGGUCUGGGUCCUGUGCGACCGCGCGGGCCCCGGCCGCUGCGGCGCCGCGCGCGCGCGGAUGGCGAGCUGCUGUAGCCGCCGCUGCGAAGCGCGGAAGGACGGGCGGAGCCUCUCGACGCGCUUCGUCGAGGCCUACCUCCGCGUCGCGGCUCCGGCCGCCGAACGCCCAGGAGGAGUGGCUGCCGCCGGACCACAUGUUCUCGCGCGUGCUCGACCUCACGGAGGACGGCUCCUUCGACGCGCAGCGCGCGCAGCGAUACCCCACGGUGUCGCUCCUCUGGGGCCUGGACCACCUGUCGCGGCCCAAGUUCGUGCGCUACGAGCCGGAGAAGCACCGCGGCGACGUCCACUACUCGGCGCCCAUCCGGCUCCACGAGACCGCGGCGCAGCAGCAGGUGCUGUAUGCUUGUGACCAACUCCGCACGUCCGACGGCGGCGCGCUCACGCGGCCGGGCAGCACCGUGUGCUUCCUUGAGGAGUUUCAGGCCUGGCACGCGGCGACCUACGACGGCGCCACGACCUACGACCUCGGCGCGGAGACCUUCGACGCGCGCCUCUCGAUCUUUCGCGAGAC